AGGGCUACGCCGAGCCGCACGGGCUGGGCGCCGCCCUGGGCGGCGGCGGUGGCGCCGCGGGCUGCGGCGCCGCUGGCGCGGCGGACCCCGGAGGCGACGGCGUUGACCUCGGCGAGGAAGAUGAUGGGGAAGGAGUGGAAGAGGGCGCAGGAUGAGGAUCGCCGCCGUAUUUUUCGUUCUGUACCGAGGUGGUGUCGGGGUGCUCCCAGGCGUCGCGUUGCACGCAUGGGCCCACGCCGCGCAGCCGGCGUCCUCCUCGUCGAAUUCGCAGACCACUUUGCAGCUUCUUCAGCCAGGCGAGGCGUCGCUCAGCUUCCUCCGCUGCCCCUGCGCGCGCUCGGGUCUCCGCGGCCCCUCGGCGCGAGCGCGCUCUCAGAGGAGGAGGAGG